AUGGAUAUCGGCUACGGAAGCUUCGACACUGAAGCUUGCAGCGCGGAAAGGACCGAAGAUGAAAUGAGGUUACCAGCCGACCCGGAAUCUAUUAGGGGAAAAACAGACAAGGUUAAAGCAGAACUCCCUGAGCUCAGUUCUCAUGCUCCUCCCCCUCCAGGCCAGCCACCUCUACCACAUACACAGCUAAUGUUGGCCGGAAGUCAGCUUGCAGGGGAUAUUCAGCAGCUGUUGCAGCUGCAGCAGUUGGUGCUGAUGCCAAGUCACCCCCUGCAGUCUCCUGCCCAGUUCCUCUUACCCCAGGCACAAGCCCAGCAGAGCCAGCAGGGUAUGCUUUCAACACAAAAUUUGAUUUCACUACCUCAGCAAAGUCCUGGAUCUCUCCGGACCACGCCUCCCAGACUGAGCAUGCAAACCCAGGUACACAAGUUCCUCCCCAAACCCUCACACAGCGAGGAGCCGAGCGAUCUGGAGGAGCUGGAGCAGUUUGCGCGAACCUUCAAACAAAGGAGGAUUAAACUUGGCUUCACCCAGGGUGAUGUAGGAAUGGCCAUGGGGAAGCUCUAUGGCAACGACUUCAGUCAGACCACCAUCUCCCGCUUUGAGGCGCUCAACCUCAGCUUCAAGAACAUGUGCAAGCUCAAGCCACUGCUGGAGAAAUGGCUGAGUGAUGCAGAAACCAUGGCAAUAGACAGCAUGCUGCCCAGCCCUAGCUCACUGUCGUCUCCGAUGCUGGGCUUCGAGGGGCUGCCUGGACGCCGCAGGAAGAAGCGCACCAGCAUUGAGACCAACAUCCGUGCUGCUCUGGAGCGUAACUUCAUUACGAACCAGAAGCCAACCUCGGAGGAGAUCCUGCUGAUGGCUGAGCAGCUUAACAUGGAAAAGGAAGUGAUCCGUGUGUGGUUCUGCAACCGCCGUCAGAAAGAGAAACGCAUCAACCCCUCGAGCACCACCCCACCCCUGCCCAGCCAACCUGCCCCGUCUGCAGCACACAAACCCCCUUGCUACAGUGCACACAUGAUGUCUAGUCAGGGGUUGGUCCAGGCCGCCACUUCAAGUCUCAGUGCGACAGCCGUAAGUCCCACCCCCUCUGCUGCCUGCCCUCCUAUCCCCAUUGGCCAUGCAUCGCUGAGCUCUGCCCCACCGUCGGUGACUUCUCCGUCUCUCAGCACAGCAAGCCCCAGCCCCACUGGGUAA